GUGAAAACCCUCAUUUUACUGCAGCAGUCCUGAUUGAGAUUCUGAUCAAUGUGCAUGAUAUUUUUUAUCAUUUCAUGAAAUGCUACCCGGUAGUACCAAUGACAAAGCAUUAAGAAUAACUAUAUAGAAAUAGACAAACUUGAAGUAUAAGGAUACAUUUUAGACAGUUUUGUGGCCCCUUCAGUUCUGCAGAGUAGAUGCAUGGAUGUAUUGAUCAAUGCGUUGCUGAUUAACUCGUGAAACAGUUCAAAGACCUCCAUAGAUAUCUGUUGCAACAGAAUCUUAAAGCGUGCAAUACCGUGUGUUUUCCCUGGAUAUAAUAGGACCCACCUGAAGUGUGCUGUGACAUGUUCACCCGCUUAUUCCUUCGGGAAAUUCCUCACUCCCGUCACAUGGUUCAAUAAUGAAUGCGUGUUCACUAAUUGGAUUAGUGCUAUAUAUAUUCCAAUCCACAACAAUGGGGAGAGCUCAAGCCGGCGCGUUUGCACACAUGCUCAUUCUUGUGUACUUAUUGUGGGGAAUGUUUGCUUACAGUGAGCUUCUUAUGCAAAUCGUGCAAUCGGUGCGCAGAGUGCGCUCGAGGGAGGAGACACAGGCAGCGAGGCUGCAGAGCUGUGAAAGAGUGACCCAAAACAAGACAAAGUGUGCAUUCUCAGUGUCUGCCCGAUGGAGGGCAUCUUCAAAGCAUUUAAUGAACAGACCGACUGACUGGAAGCAGAAUAUCUGGCUCAAGGAGGUUUUACAUCAUCAGAGUUGACACCAUGGCAACAAAGCCAGUGGAAUGGCAAGAACGGGGUCGAGUCAACUCGCUGUACGAGUGGGUGGAGGAGCUGUGGCCGCAAGGCGAAGAGACUGCAACCCUAAGCCACAACUCCCCUCUGCAAGAUAAAGAUGCUCCAAGGGCACAACCCGAAGAAGACAACGACCUCCUGGAGCCAGGAGCUCACGACCAGAUACUGCGCAGCAACCAAGCGCCAUUAGGAACCAAAACAUCCAGUGAAACCAAGUCGGAAAAUCCAGAACAUGCAAGGAUUGGUCGUUGUUUCCCCACAAAGACACUGAGGAUGGGGACAGAAUUAGAUGGCCAGCUUUUUGAAAAAUCCCAGGCUCAAGAGGAGAAGUCAGGUGAUUCAAACAAAGCUGCUUUCCAAACUCCUCCCCUCAGCGCUUCAUCCAUGGAGAAAUGCUUUGAGAAAGAUAGCCUUUCCAGCCUGGCCGGGGAACUGGAUGAAAUUAUGUUGGACCCAAUAGAGGACCUUUCAUUGCCUGAUGGAGAAAAUGGUCUUGAAUGGCCACCUCUCUCUCAGCCCACAAAUACAGAGUUAGAUGCAUUAUCGAAGGAGAAGACUACAGAGGAGAAUGACACACAGCUGAACUUUUCACCGGAUGGUUUUGACUACAGUGAACCUGAAAAUAAGAUGUCGGAUGUAGCUCCUGGAUCAAAUUCAGCAGCUCAUUUUCCUCCCUUUGACAAAAUAAAUGGAGCAUCAAUCACAACACUAGACAUCGAGGGCAAGUCUUUCCACCCUUCACAUUCAGUUUCCACUGAACAGGACCCAACGUCAACCCUGCCUGCAUUUUUGUCAGCCAAACCACAGGGGGAGCUGUUGCCCCAGAGCCAAAGAGAGCUCAGCCCCAUGGGAGUAAACCAGGAAGCUGCACAACAGGUGCUCGGCAAAAGCGCCUCACCUUUGUCUACUGUUGCCAUGCAGCCUGAUCGGUGCGGGGCGGGCUCUGGAUUUGCGGCCGCUGUGAGAGAAAGGCACAGCAGGGCGGGGGACCGUACGCAGACAGGUGCAGAGGGAGCGCAGAUCAAGACUGUUGAGCAGCAACGCAGCCGAGAACUGUCAAAAAAUUCCCAAACCGUCGAGAAGCAAAAGAUUGAGAUAGAUACACACUUCCCUGUGUCUGCUAAACACACCAGGAUGGAGUCUGACUCGUGUGAUGAUAGCCAGAGCGAUAGUGGAGUUUCAGCGGACUUCUCCCCGUGCAGCACCUUGGAGGGCACCACCAUUUCUGCGGCCUGUGCAGGAGCUGUGCCCAACGAGACUCCCAUUGAGAGGGAGAUGCGGCGGGCCGUAGAGCGUGAACACAGCCUGAGGAGAUCCAGAGGGCUUCCGAAUCCACCCACCUCGCCAGAGUAUGUAGAGAUCCCUUUAAGGAAAACUAUUCUCUGCGAGUCCGUAACUAAGUCUGAGAGGAGUCAAGGCAAAGACCGGCAGUUAGCGGGCAAAAAGAUGGAGCAAGAGAUACACAAGGAAGCCGAGAGGGAACAGGAUCUGGUCAAGCUGGGUAAAGUUCAAGGCUUCUAUGACAAAGGCACAGUCCGCCAAAUCAAAGAGAGGAAACUGAUUUUCGAGGCCUUUCAGAAACCCAGUGACUCAACUUUGAGUGUGUCAGCCCGGAGUAAAGCCACGUCCUGGUCCUCUGCCAGUGACAUUUCAAACCUGGAGAACCAGGAGGACAUCUCAUCGCAGGCAUCCACCAUAGGAGGGUCAUAUAUGCCCACCCACAGCACAAGCUCAGUCAUCAGAGGUGGUGACCCCGCUAGGACUCUCAGAGGACCAGGGUCAUCUGAGGGAAUGGCCUGUCAGGUCAUCAUACUUGAAAGCAAUCUCAGUGUUCCAGCACAGAAGCUCUGCCACGCCAAACUGGAGACAGGGUCCAUCACUGUAGUCACUGAGAGUCCUAGCGUCUCAUCCUCCAGGACAGGAGGACGGGGUGGGGUUAGAAUGAGGGAGCAGGAGGAGGAGGAUGAGGACGAGGAGGAACCCAAGGAGAACCCCUUCUUCAAGCUGCGCUCCUCAACAAAUUUGGUCAAAGUAGAGCAAGACAUCCGGGAGACUCAAGAGAGAGAAAAGGAGCUUCACAAGCAGAGGGCCAGUCUGUAUGGAGGCCCAGGAGAGCAGGAAGGAAGAGGGACGCCAGUCCCCACGUCGUCAACCUCCUUGUCACUGAAUGGACUGGCUGUUCCUGACUCACCUGAGUCGUCAUCCACAGGGGGAACUAGAUCCACAGCAGCACAGUCAGUUGGCAAGUUGGGGCUGUGGCCCCCAGCACAGGCUAAAGAGGAGAGGAUUGACCAGCCAGAGAGCCCCCGGACCCCGAGACACAAGAGCCCUCUGGUGCAACGCUGGGAGUCGGGCCUGGUCAACGGACACAACAUGGAAGACCACUGAAGAACCGCUGAUGGAGCGAAAAAACAACAAGUGGGGAGGAAGGUUCCACCGAGACCCGUAGUUUAUUUUUAAGUGGAGAGCUGAAAGAAAGGGAGAAAGGAAAGUGGGAGAAUACUAGAGGAGCAAAGAGAGAAUGUGAAGCAAAAAAAAGAGGUCAGGGAUUGAGGCCACAAAGGGGGUCAGGAGGAUUGGAAGCGAGGAAAAGGAUUGGUGGUGGACAGAUUCCUUUACCGGGACGGAGCAGGAGUAGGAGGAGGAGGGGGGGGGGAAGGUGGAGGAUGAGAAGGGCCACCCAGUAAACCCAUGGUUUGUUUCUGGUGCUGGAAAACUCUGAGAUUAAUUCAUGUAAAAACGCAAAGAAAACACUGCACAAUAGAAUAGAGGAAAUGCAAGUUUAUUGAGACGGGGUUUUCAAAGUUCGUUACCAUUUGGAUUUUUUUGUUGACAGUGAAACAAUUUCCUGCUUGAAAAAAAAAAAUGCGCUAUUGCCAAUUUUAUGACACAGAGUUGCUAGUUAAUUGCACCUGUACAAUCUAAUGUGGUCCCAUACAAUGUAAUAAACCCCACCUUUGUGUAUCUCAGUCUGAUACUGACGCUGUGUUGAUCCAACUGUGUGGUUUAAGCAGUGAAACCCCAUUUGAUGAAGGGAGGUGGACUUUUAGCAUAAUUGACUCGCUCAACUCUAAAAUAUGACCGGCUUCACAAAAAUGAUUAAACUCUGUUCUUGUGUUCUUUUAAUCCGAUAACUGGGUGGAUGUAGGCCAACGAUCUGAAUUAUGUCACAAUUUGUAUCCAUGAAAGGCUGCUUCUUUUAUUAUGUUUCACGCAUCCCCAGUGAAAGCUGGAUUAGAGUGUAUUAAAGCACCUCCUUGAAGAAGGUUUUCAGAGGCAGAUAAUAUUCGAAUAAUAGCUGCUCCGUUGUUCAGACAUUUUUCUAAUUAAGCAGUAUGUAAGUAUUUUUGAGCAAAAGAUCAUAUACACGAUUAAGGUUGCCUCCUUUAUUGAUUGAGUGUGAUUUAACUAAUGCUGCACAGAAGCAUGAAAUAAACUAUAACUAAAGGAACAGUGGGUGGGAUUUAGAGGGUUGUGGAACGUAAUCUUCAUAGGCCUGUUUUUAUUUGUUUGUAAUCCCCUGACACCGGGCUCACAUUAACGCAGCCUCGAAAAGGGACCAGUAAGCGGCAUGUGGCACACUUGUCCCCUGACGGUGUGCUGAAGUUGGUGCCGUUUGUCUCUAAGAGUUUGAUGAUCUGUGAUCUGCUCCACGGUCUUCACGUACCUCACACUGUCAAGGACAAAAAGGUGUCACCAUGGAUACGACUUUGGAUGAAGGUGGUUUGCUUGAAUCAAGCAGCACAAAUGCCACAGAGGACCUGUGUGUGUGUGUGUGUGUGCGUGUGUGUGUGUGUGCGAUCAGCAGACCUCUCGAUCUCCUGUGAAUAAUUCAUCGCCCCAUUCUGACUGGACGCAACCCGUCGGCACAGCCGGCGCGUUAUUGUCGUGCUGCAGCAAUUUAAGAGCACAAAAUUAUUAAUAAGCUUGAUUGCUCACAAGGCAACCUCCCUCGCAUCAGCAACCUGCGGCGCCCGAUGGCCCACCGACAAAAGCCUGAAUGUGAUGCGCCGUCUAUUUGAAGACUAACAAACAAGCCCCCCACCAACAAGACUUGAAGCUUGGCGCCGAGUAGAAGAGCCCAGAGUUUGUGUUUGACGGCUUUGAAUGAUGUCAGAGUCAAAGAUAGUUACAGAGUUCCUUUAAUUGAAGCUAAUUAUUGUCAUUUCAGGAGCAGGACCACGCCUCUUCCGGUAUUCCCAUAAAUACAGCUCUGCCCACUCUUCUCCUUCUCCAGUACGCGCUCUAAAACCACACCCUCCCAACCCAUUCAGAUUCAUUGUCAUGGAUGUAUGAUACUUGUUUCUUUGUGCUCCUCAAACCAGUGUGUGUCUACUGUGUGACUCUGCGUCACAGUGGUGGAAUGUAACUUAAGUGUACUCACUCAAACACUGUGAUUAUGUUUAAUUUAAGGUACAUUGACGUGUUUGAGUACUGCCCUUUUCUGGUACUUUGUCUCAUUAAGAUUUUCGGGGAGAAAUGCAGGUGAUACUUCAUUCCUUGAAGUCAAAUGCUUUACCCUUUUCUUCAUGGUGAACUGUUGCCAGUUGCCCUGACUGGCCCUUGGGUAAUAAUAAGUUUUGUUUGUUUCAAGUCACUCAUUGGUGUUUCCUGUUUUAUUUUCUUACUCACCUGUUAGAUCACUUCCCUUCCCUCCUUUUUGUGUUUUCCCGCCACAUUCGAGUGUCUGCCUCGCCCUGAUUAGUUUCACCCACCCGCUCGUUACCUGAAUCCCA